AGAAUUGUCGCACUCGAGUAGCCCCGUCCAAUCCUCUGUCAUUCCAGUGUCCUUCGCCGUUAUUUCUCAGCGCACCUUCUAGUAAAACUCAUGGGCAAGAAGAAUGCCAACCUGUCUGGCCUGGCGCGCUUCGUCGCGGAUGCUUUUGGCCCGAGCUCGUUGAACACCACAGCGACAUCGUCUCCGCCUUCAGAUCCAGUGUCUUCCGUUCGUGGUACGGGGCAUGAGCCCUCUGCCGACAGAACACCAGGAGAAAUUUCAACAGGGACCGUACGGCGUGCCACUGAAGCUGCAGAGGACGGGGUCGAAGUUGGCUUCCGCCCGUCGAAGAAGCGCAAGGUCGGGCCAGGGAAGGAGCAGUACGACGCGAGGGGGUUGGUCCCGUUCUAUCAGCAUCCUUCACAAGUCCCUGCGCAUCUUCAAAAGUACUUCUCCCAGCGCGAACGCUACUUCUCUCUCUACUCCUCCGGCUGUUUGCUCGACGAGGAGGGCUGGUACAGCGUCACGCCCGAGCGGAUAGCGAACCAGAUCGCGGAACGAUGCCGAUGCGACGUCGUCCUCGACGCGUUCUGCGGGGUAGGCGGGAACGCGAUCGCCUUUGCGAAGACGUGUGAGCGAGUGAUCGCUCUGGACAUCUCCCCCGUCCGCCUGGCUCUGGCACGGCACAACGCUGAGAUCUACGGGGUGGCUGAUCGCAUCGAGUUCAUAUUGGCCGACUUUUUCUCUUUCGCGCGGACACUGGUUGAGCGACAAACAGCACACGCAAACAGCGGCGAUCCGGAUUCCCAAUCAGGAGCAGCACAGUCGAGAAGGAAAAUCGACGUCAUCUUUCUUAGCCCGCCUUGGGGUGGCCCGUCCUAUCUAACAGACAAACCUCACGCAUCGGAUGGAGACGGGGAUGUAUCUGGUGGCAGCGACGACAAGCAAGCCCCGCAUGAGUUCAGCCUCUCCUCAAUCAGGCCCGUGCACGGUAAAGAGCUCUUCGAGACCGCACGCAGCAUCACACGGAAUGUGGCGUACUUUUUGCCGCGGAACGUCAAACUGGACGAAAUUUCCGCAUUGGUAGCCGAAGAGCAAACAAUGCAAGACGGAGACUACGUGCCCGCACAGAGACAGCAGGGUAAAGGCAAGGAGAAGGCCAAGACAGAGAUGAUCGAGGUGGAAGAGGAGUGGAUGGGGUCUAAGCUGAAGGCCCUGACAUGUUACUUUGGCGGUCUGGCGUCAGGCCAGGAGGAUCAGUUCUAUAGUUGACAGUAACGCAGUACCUGUCUGGGCCACCCACGCCCA